UAAAAUGUCGACGACAUCUCCUUCAUCUUCACCUGUCUGGAACAACAUCGUAGAUUAUCUUUCUUUGAGCUCAAUAUGGAAUUGGCUGCAAGCAAGUCUUCUGGGAGACACUAGUCCACCUCAGCAAACAAAUUUGGGUCUACUAGAUAAUCUUGCUCCAACUGUGCAAGUUAUCCUGGGGAUUUUCUUUUUGCUUUUGUUGGCAAUAGGAGUAUAUGCCUUAUGGAAACGAAGUGUUCAGUCAAUUCAGAAAAUACUGUUGUUUGUAAUCACCCUCUACAAACUUUACAAGAAGGGCUCAGAUUUUUUUCAGACUUUGCUGGUCAGCCCAGAAGGGAAUCUUCCAGUUCAAGACAAUAAUCUCUUCCUGUCCUUGGGCCUGCAAGAGAGAAUUUUGAAAAAACUUCAGGCAGUGGAAAACAAAGUGAAGGACCUGGAGGGAAUGAUCAUUUCCCACAAAACUGCCACGAAGAGGGAUUGCUCCUCGGAGCCUUACUGCAGCUGCUCUGACUGCCAGAGCCCCUUGCCCACAUCGGGGUUUACUUCUACAUCUGAAAUGUGAUGGACUCCAAUCUUUCCCAGAAAAGCACUGUUUUUCCCUCAUAUGUGUGGUGGUGUGUCAAUAAAGAUAGAGAACUAUAUUGA